AUGCGUUCGUCUGCAAUUCUGCCCCUGCUCUCAUCAGCAGCCGUGGCAUCACCCGCGGGAUGGCAACCAGGCUGGGGUGGAAACAAGCAACCCAGCUGGGGAUGGGGUAGCUGGGGCGGCGGCUGGGGUUGGGGAAAGCCUCAUGGCCCUCCACCAUAUUCUCCGUCCACUUCUGUUGCCUACUUUCUCUACAACGAUCCGGCAGGGGCUUCCAUCGUUUCGCUUGAGAUUGGGCAAGAUGGCAAGCUUGUCGACGACCCAGUCAAGACGGCCACUGGUGGUGUGGGCUCGCUCCAGGUCAAUGCGUCUGGAUCGCCUGCGAUGAGUGAUACACUGGGCUCGCAAGGGUCGGUCACGAUCAAGGACAACCUACUCUUCACGGUCAAUGCCGGAAGCGAUACACUGUCCCUGUUCUUCAUUGACCCUCAAUCACCUACCAAGCCCAAGCUCGUGGGCUCCCCGAUCAACACUCUCGGCAAUUUUCCCAUCUCUGUGGACUACUCUCCUCAGCUUCGCAAAGCAUGUGUUCUGAACGGCGGUGCAAAAGCUGGUGUCGCAUGCUUCUCUGUCGAUCCAUUCCAUGGACUCCAAGCAGAUGGGCCCCUCAGAGCGCUGGGCAGUUCCAUCAUCAACGAGACCACGCCUCCAUCUGGCCCACCAGGCUCAGCAGCACAAGUCCUGUUCAACCCAGAUUCGAGCGCCGUCUUCGCUACCGUGAAGGGAAACCCCGACACAAAGAAGCUAGGCUCAAUGGCAGUCUGGCCCGUGGAUAACGGCGACAUCAGCCAGGGUGAACCUGUCGUCAGCACCUUCGACGGCCUCUACGUCGACUUCGGCUUCCUCUUCGUGUCCCAAAGCGAAAUCUUCCUCUCCGACGCAGGCUCCGGCGCCGCGCUCGUCACCGUCGGUGAUGGCUGGAAGGUCACCUUGAAAGAGCACACAGUCAUCCCAGGACAACAAGCCACAUGCUGGACUGCGUACGUCCCAAGCCUGAACACUCUCUACGCAAUCGAUGCAGGCUACGACGGCGUCUACACGCUCGAUCCCGCGACCGGCAAGCAAACCGGCACGAUCAACGUCCAGAUUCCCGGUGGAAACGCAACAAUGGGAGUUUUCGACAGUUUCGUCAAGAACGAGACAUUGUACUCGUUGGUCGGGUCGAAUGGCUUGGUCGUGGUUGAUCUCAAGACAGAGCAGCAGGUGCAGUAUCUCGAUCUGUCGAGCUUUGGCAGCAGGCAGUAUUAUCAGGGUUUGGCUCAGUGGCCUUGA